UUUUCCUCCCAGCAACCAACUCUUCAUUUUUUCAUCGCGAUAUCGCCACCGCGCUGCCCAUUUCUUUUAUUGUACAAUCAUAGCCAGCCGUAGCCAGCCUUGGUUUCUAUUUGCCCAAUAAGCACACCGCGCUCCUGGCCACACUCCUGCACCACCCAGCGUAUUCCCUCCCUUUUUCGCACUAUUAGCGCACUUGCCCGCAUAUCAUCGCUCCACCACAGGCUAUUGUAGCAAGCGUCUUAUUGUACAAUCACGCUUUGCCCUUUCUGCCCGCUCUGAUCCUCCUUAUUGCACAAUAAGCAGCUGUCAGUCCUGUUCUUUUCGAUACUCUUACACUAUUGCAUCGGGCCCCACUCGCCACAGCACUCGCCACUGCUGUCUCCGCUCAGCCACAUCACAAGAACGCGUCUUUCAAUUCUACAAUGGACGGCCACCACUUUACAUAUGCAAGCGAUCAAGCCGCCGGCCAUACUGCCGCUGUCCCUUCAAUGGGAUUUGCGGGCAUGGGAGGGGUCACAAUGAUGCCGCCCAUGUCGCUCCCUCAGCCGUCAAUGCACCACUACCAGCACCCGCCACAGCAGCACCUCCCCGGCGUCGCUGCUAUAAAUGGCAACUGCCUGCCGCCAGCUGGCCCUUCUUACCUCAAAACAACUCUCAACCUCCCUUGCUCUUCCAAAGUCAUUAACCACCCGGAAAGCACCAUUUACCGCUACAACGACACAACCGAGACCAUGGAACAGAAGGUUCGCCAGUUCUAUUCUGCCGACGGCACCUCGUUUAUCGAGCACGUCCCUGGCCACUGCCUGGUGUUUAUUCCCAACGGUGUCAACAUUGACUAUUUCAUGCGCGAGAUGAGGAAGGUGCGCGUCCCGCGUCCGCAGCGCAAGCCAAAGGAGAAGUCGAACAAACCGACCAACGCCUUUAUCAAGUACCGCAACUUUAAGAUUGUUGACCUCAAGGAGAAGCACCCUGAGAUUAGCCAGACUGAGAUUUCGCGCAUGGCUGGCGAGUGCUGGAAGACAGAGAAGGAGGAGGUCAAGGCCCGCUUCCGCAAGCAGUACCUUGAGGAGAAGAAGAUCUACGACGCCAACAAGUCCAACAAGCGCUCGCGCCUGGAGAGCGAGGCUGACUCGGAGACUGAGUCUCAGACUGAGGGCUCGCCUGGCCUCUCCACCUCUAGCCAUCUUCAGCAGUCGACACCGAGCAACGCUAACACAACCAGUACCGCCGACCGGAGCGCUAACAAUGGCUUCGGGCUCGGCCUUAGCAGCUUCGACGGUCCUAUGGGCUUCAACCCGGGUCGCCGCCGCAGCCAGACACUGCCCUCCAACAGCUUCUCGCGGGCAGGUGCCAAGCGCCGCAUCUCUCAGGAGCUGCGCAAGCAUCUGGCUGGCAAGUCGAACGUCGCGUACGCCACUGCUGCUGCCACCGCCAACGCACAGAAGAACCACGCGCACCCCGAGUUCAACUUCACCAACGGGCCGCUGCACGAGAGCCCGGUCAUGGCCGACGCUUCGCACAGCCCGUUCAUGGCUGCCAGCAUGUCGCCCAUGCUGAUGCCGCUCAACCCGGGCUUCCCCAUCUCGGACUUCUCGACCCCGGCACUGAGCGCCGCUGCGUCCGCUGCGCCGAUGACAGUCAACACUGCCGCCGGCUACGCCCACAGCGCCGACGGGUUUGAGGUGUUCUCGCCUGACCAGGAGGACAUGGCUGCUGCUGCCGCCGCCAACAGCUGGAGCGACGCCGGGUUUGCCGCCAGCCUGAGCAUGAUGGCUACGUCGACUGUGGCCGCUGCUCCCAUCAGCACGGCGCCCUUCAUGGUCGACGCUGCUGCUGUCGCUGCCACAGCGGCCGGUGCUCUGGCCAACACUGGCUAUGCCAGCAUCUCCAGCGACAUGGUGGGAAGCCUCACUGCUACCCCGCCGACCAUCGCUGCAGUCAACACCUGGCCGAUGCCCCAGAGCUUCAACUUGGUACCUGAGCAGUCAUCCAUACCUCCUCAGUAAGCGGCUGGAACGUGUCCCCCCGGACGCUUGAUUAAGCUUAUAGAACUCGCGUGUCUGUUGCACUCCUCACACCUCCCCACCAUCAUACACAUUCCCCGUUCGACGGUUCCCGCCUCUGUACCAUUUUCUCCUUCCUCGGCAUUCGUAUCUUUCUGCUUCAUUUCCACACCUGCGAUCCAUUUUUUUGAUUUGCUUCUAUUUUUUAUUUUGUAAAGUUCAUAUACACUCGUUUAAAAAUAGCCAACCCCUCGUACAUUGCAGCUGGCAGCCCUUGCCAAAGGCUUCGCUGCUGGUCUAUCCGGCCCGGUUUACAUCUGUAGAGCGCUUUACGUAAAGCAAUUAAUAUUGUUGCAUGUCGUAUUUUUAGCUCGCUCCACCGUCGCGGGCUGCAUUGGCAUCCGAAUGCCAUUCUCGCGCACGCCCUUUCUGACAAAAUAAAACAGGCUUAUUGUCAUCCACCU